AAACACAGAGAAGGGAGAGACACAGAGCGGGAAUGGGAACUUCGGUACAGGUGACUCCACUGUGUGGGGUUUACAAUGAAAACCCACUCUCUUACCUGGUAUCUAUCGAUGGAUUCAAUUUCUUGGUCGAUUGUGGAUGGAACGAUCACUUCGACCCCAGUUUUCUUCAACCCCUUGCCAGGGUGGCAUCGACUAUAGAUGCUGUUUUGCUAUCUCAUCCAGAUACACUUCAUCUUGGUGCUCUACCAUAUGCCAUGAAGCAACUUGGACUUUCUGCUCCUGUUUAUUCAACAGAGCCUGUGUAUAGAUUAGGCCUCUUGACUAUGUAUGAUCAAUAUCUCUCACGAAAGCAAGUUUCAGAGUUUGAUUUGUUUACGCUGGAUGAUAUUGAUUCUGCUUUCCAAAACGUGACCAGAUUAACAUACUCUCAAAAUUAUCAUCUAUUUGGCAAAGGAGAAGGAAUUGUUAUUGCUCCUCAUGUUGCUGGGCAUCUCUUGGGAGGUACUGUCUGGAAGAUAACAAAAGAUGGGGAAGAUGUCAUAUAUGCUGUUGACUUUAACCAUCGCAAAGAAAGGCUUUUGAAUGGAACUGUUUUAGAAUCUUUUGUUCGGCCUGCUGUUUUAAUAACAGAUGCCUAUAAUGCUUUGAACAAUCAGCCUUCUAGACGCCAAAGGGACCAAGAAUUCCUAGAUGUUAUACUGAAGACACUAAGAGGGGAUGGAAAUGUAUUGCUACCUGUUGAUACUGCUGGCCGAGUGUUGGAACUUAUGCUAAUAUUGGAACAGUACUGGACACAGCAUCAUUUGAACUAUCCCAUCUUCUUUCUGACUUAUGUUGCAUCAAGCACAAUCGACUAUGUGAAGAGUUUCCUUGAGUGGAUGAGUGAUUCAAUAGCCAAGUCUUUUGAACACACACGUGACAAUGCCUUUCUUUUGAAACAUGUCACACUUUUGAUCAGCAAGAGUGAACUUGAGAAAGUUCCUGACGGUCCUAAGAUUGUUCUAGCAUCCAUGGCCAGUUUGGAAGCGGGGUUCUCUCAUGAUAUAUUUGUUGAGUGGGCAACUGAUGCAAAAAAUCUUGUGCUGUUUAGCGAAAGAGGCCAGUUUGCCACGUUAGCCCGCAUGCUUCAGGCAGAUCCACCUCCUAAAGCUGUUAAAGUCACCAUGUCCAAGAGGGUUCCUUUGGUUGGGGAGGAGUUAGCUGCUUAUGAAGAAGAGCAGGAACGGAUAAAAAAGGAGGAAGCUCUAAAAGCUAGUCUUAGCAAAGAGGAGGAAAUGAAAGCAUCUCGUGGAUCUGAUAACAAAUUGGGUGAUCCAAUGGUCAUUGACACUACCACUCCUCCUGCUUCAUCAGACGUGGCUGUCCCGCAUGUUGGUGGGCUCCGUGACAUAUUAAUUGAUGGGUUUGUUCCACCUUCUACUAGUGUUGCUCCAAUGUUUCCAUUUUAUGAGAACUCCUCUGAGUGGGAUGACUUUGGUGAAGUUAUCAAUCCAGAGGAUUAUGUAAUCAAGGAUGAAGACAUGGACCAAGCAACCAUGCAGGUCGGUGACGAUCUGAAUGGGAAACUUGAUGAAGGCGCAGCUAGUUUGAUAUUUGAUACAACGCCUUCAAAAGUUAUAUCUAAUGAAUUGACAGUGCAAGUGAAGUGUAUGUUGGUUUACAUGGAUUUUGAGGGCCGUUCUGAUGGCCGCUCAAUUAAGUCCAUUCUUUCUCAUGUGGCUCCACUAAAGCUUGUUUUGGUGCAUGGAUCAGCAGAGGCGACCGAGCAUUUGAAGCAACACUGCUUGAAACAUGUUUGUCCCCAUGUUUAUGCUCCCCAAAUUGGAGAAACAAUUGACGUCACCUCAGAUUUAUGUGCUUACAAGGUCCAACUCUCUGAGAAGCUGAUGAGCAAUGUGCUAUUUAAGAAGCUUGGAGACUAUGAAGUAGCUUGGGUUGAUGCAGAAGUCGGGAAGACGGAGAGCGGCUCACUGUCUUUGCUUCCUCUCUCAACCCCACCUCCAUCACACGACACAGUCUUUGUUGGCGACAUAAAAAUGGCAGAUUUCAAGCAGUUUCUGGCAAGCAAAGGCAUCCAGGUCGAGUUCUCUGGCGGGGCGUUGCGGUGUGGCGAGUAUGUGACCUUGCGCAAGGUUGGUGAUGCAAGCCAAAAGGGUGGUGGUGCCAUAAUUCAGCAAAUUGUGAUGGAAGGACCCCUGUGUGACGAAUAUUAUAAGAUCAGGGAGUACUUGUAUUCACAAUAUUACUUGCUUUGAGCUGAGAAUAAGAGACUUGUAACGGGUUUAAUGCAGGCCUUAUUACCUCAAUUGUAUCAUUUUUGCCACACUAUUGAGUUCUGUAACUGUACUAGACUUCUAUCAUAUACAUGAUCUUGGAAUUUUUAAGAGACAAGCA